AUGGCGGUUAUUGCAGAUGACGGCCGAGUCAAGAUGACUCCUAACAAGAGGACGAGCUACAUCGCCGACAUGAUUGCGCCGACACUGCACCAACAACAUGAUCCUCAUCUCAACACGAGUCCUCGACCUCCUCCCCCUCCCCCGAAACCAGGUCUUGGCCAUGGCCAGGGUCCCCCGCCCAUGAGCAUUGUCAUCCAGAUCGUCGGAUCCAGGGGCGACGUGCAGCCGUUUGUGGCGCUGGGCAAGACCCUCUCGGCAUACGGCCACCGCGUCAGAAUAGCCACUCACCCAACGUUUGCCAAGUUUGUUCGCGAAAACGGCCUCGAGUUUUUCAGUAUCGGGGGUGAUCCUGCCGAGCUCAUGGCCUUUAUGGUCAAGAACCCAGGACUCAUGCCUGGAGCCGACGCCGUGAAGACGGGAGAGGUGAGUAAGCGACGCCGUGGUAUCGAAGAGAUGAUGUUGGGCUGUUGGAGAUCGUGUAUCGAAGCGGGCGAUGGUUUGGAAGCCACCUCUGACGAACAGAAGCCGUUUGUGGCCGAUGCCAUCAUCGCCAACCCUCCCAGCUUUGCCCACAUUCACAUCGCUGAGAGGCUCGGUAUCCCUCUGCAUCUCAUGUUCACCAUGCCUUGGUCACCAACAACCGCCUUCCCGCACCCGCUAGCCAAUAUUCAACACUCAGCAGCCGAUGGAGCUUCAUCAAACUACAUGUCGUACGCAAUGGUCGAGGUCAUGACCUGGCAGGGACUCGGAGAUGUAGUCAACAGGUUCAGAACAAAGGUGCUCGGGCUAGAUCCUAUCGCACUCAUGUGGGCACCUGGCUUACUCGAACGGCUUCGCAUCCCGUACACCUACUGCUGGUCCCCUGCCCUGAUCCCCAAGCCUGGGGACUGGGGUGACAACAUUGACAUCUCAGGCUUCUUCUUCCUGGACCUCGCUUCAUCAUUCAAGCCGCCAGCAGACCUGGAUGCAUUCCUUCGCGCCGGUCCCCCGCCUGUUUACAUCGGCUUCGGUUCCAUCGUCGUCGACGACCCCGCCAAGCUCACCAGAACCAUCUUCGAGGCAGUGCGGCUAGCUGGAGUCCGAGCUCUUGUAUCCAAAGGCUGGGGCGGCAUCGGAGGGGAUGAUCAAGUGCCUGAGGGAGUCUUCAUGCUCGGCAACGUACCCCACGACUGGCUGUUUGGCCGCGUCUCAGCCGUAUGCCACCACGGCGGCGCAGGCACCUGCUCUGCGGGCAUCAAGGCCGGUCGCCCAACCGCUGUGGUUCCCUUCUUUGGCGACCAGCCUUUCUGGGGCGCCAUGGUGAGCCGAGCCGGCGCAGGUCCCGAGCCGAUCCCACACGCCGACUUGACAGCCGAGAAGCUCGCCGCGGCGAUCCGCUACUGUCUGUUGCCUGAGACACAGGCCAGGGCCCAAGAGCUGGGCGCCAGGAUCCGUGAGGAAUCUGGAACAGCUGAAGGCUGUAGAAGCUUCCACCGCCAGCUCCAGGAUCGCAAGAUUAACUGCGAUGCCGCGCCUGGGAGAUGCGCAGCUUGGAAGGUUAGGAAAACGACUGUUAAGCUGAGUCCCUUUGCUGCGGCAGUACUUGUCAGAGCUGGAGAGCUGGAGUACUCAGACCUAAAACUAUACAGGUCAAUUGAAUACAGCACUGAGGAGCAGCCGUGGGAUCCCUUCUCAGCGACUACAGCCGCUCUCAUAGGAGACAUGAGCAGCAUCGCCGCAGGGAUCGCUACCGUCCCUCAUAACGUGAUCAAGGGAAUCCGAGCGAGCAACAAGAGAGGGAAAUCACCAUCCCCUGGGCCAUCUUCAAAUGCCCAGGAACCCCCCAAUGGCCCCAGUUCCUCUCAGAUCCAGGCCUCGCAGCAACUCCAGGGGACGCCAGGGGACAACAAUCACGUCGAGCAGCAGGAAUCAAGUAACAGCCAUGCAGCCGAAGUCGCCAAGAACGCAGCCAUUCAGGUGGGCGAGGGCAUCGGUGGCAUCGUCGGGGCAGCCGUCAAGUCCCCCAUGAACUUCAGCGUCGGGUUGGCCAAGGGGCUCAAGUACGCGCCGCGCCUCUACCAUGACGAGCUAAUCCGUCAGCCGGACAAGAUUGACAGCUUCUCCAGUGGCCUCAAGGUGGCGGGUAAAGAGCUGGCAUUGGGAUUCUACGACGGCGUCGCGGGUCUGGCGGUGCAGCCGUGGAAGGGCGCAGUUAAAGAAGGACCCAAGGGGUUCAUCAAGGGCUUUGGAAAGGGCGUUGGUGGCCUCGUUUUCAAGCCUGCAGCUGGCAUCUUUGGUCUCUCGGCUUACUCGAUGCAGGGUGUUCACGCUCACUUCCGGGCCAUGUUCUCGAGCAAUGUGCCAGACUAUAUCAUUGCAUCGCGCAUUCAGCAGGGCGAGGACGACUUCAAGGCUGCGUCAGACCAUGAGCGAAACGCUGUGCUGGGGAAAUGGUGGAGUAUUCAGCCAGAUCUAAAGAAGUGGCAUCAGAAGGGCAAGGACAGGGAGGAUGACCCCUAUGUGUAG